UGUAUGUAGGAGCGCGUGACGCGGUAGCCGCCACGGGCACAACGGACGAGCGCGUCUCACCUGCGCAAUAGGCAACAGCAGUGGCAGCACACGGCAGGUAGAGUUCACACCGGAGCACACGGCUGCGCCAUAUUUAUCCAGCGCGGCACAGUGCGUUGGUCGUCUGCGUGUCAUGUGUCGAACGUCCUCACAGUGAUGCUAGAAUCGCGGCGGUGACUUCACCCCUCCCCCUCCCGCUAUCCGCACACGGUGGCGGCCCGACAUUCGAAUCUCCGUGUCGUUACGUAGUUCGCUAGAUCGAAGAUCGUGACCAGAGGAGGAUAUAUACGGCCGCUGCCAGACAAACAUGGCCGCCACGAGCAGCUACUUCAACCCGAUGGUGUCGAACCCGGAGUUCGAACUGUGCACGCGAUGCGGCAAUAAGGUGUACCGCGUCGAUCGCGUCGGCCCGCUCAAGAGCGCCUUCUUCCACAAGUCGUGUCUCAAAUGCGUCUCCUGCAACACGCAGCUGACGUUGAAGACGUACAUCCACAAUCAGCUGGACCCGGAGGACAGCGGCGUCUACUGCAACAACCACGUCCCGCGUACGCUCGCCGGACACAUGGACGGCUCGUCGUUCGGCAUACGCGCCGCGCUGAACGUACCGAAACGCGAUGACAAGAUCAACGAGCAGAUACGCUCGCCGAUGGGCGAGAGAGGACAUUUCAACGCGGACGCCGUCGGCAUACGGCAGGCGAUGAUGGCGCCCAAGGCGUGGUACAUGCUGCAGAAGGCCACCGAGAACUCGGAGAACUACCUGCCGGGACAUUUCGACUCGCAGGCUCUGCACAUACAGCAUCCGAUGCAGCAGCAGGCACAGAUGGGGAAGGUGCCGACGUACAAUCGCGUCGGUGAGGUGCAGGAGACGCCGCUGCCGCUCGAUGAGCAGACGCAAGUGAACAUGGAGAUGCAGCACCGCACCGAGGAGGACGAGCUCUUCCGCAUCUUCCAGAAGCAGCGCGAGGAGAAGAGUCAGCAGGUCAAGCAGCAGAUCGACGUCGAGUGGCAGCUCGAGCUGCAGCGACUCACGCAGAACUACGACGAGGAGAUGCGGCGACGCAACGUGCCGCCGGAGGAGCAGAAGCAGAUGACGAUUCGUCACCAGCACGAACGCAAGAACCUCGAGGAGUUCAUGACGCUGAAGCGAGACAAGGCGAAGCGGGACGUACUGCGAAAGAUGCUGGAGCACGAGCGCGACCUGACGACGGAUAUGGUCGACAAGCACGCCGAGGAGAUGCUCGAUCUCAUCAACAACAAGAAGCUGGAGAUUCAGUAUCAGCAGGAGGAGCUCACGAAGAUGCAGAAUCUGAGCGUGAGCGACGCCGGACAGGGAGGAGCCGGCGGGGCGGCGCGUGUGCAGAUGAACGGGACGAGCAGGGACCGCGCACACAGCAGUUACACGGCAGCUAAACCGCCGCCACCACGACCUCCGAUCGGUUCUAAGGCCGACCUCUACAACGACCCGGCUGUCUUUGAAGCGCUAGACCAGCAGGCAAUCAGUGUAGCGCAAGAAAAUCAAUCAACGUUCACAGAACUUGUGCGGCAACUGAUACAGAACUGUGUGACCGAUGUGGAAAAGGCCAGGGCGAUAUUUCGCUGGAUCACCGUGAAGAACCUGAACACGAUGGAGUUUGAAGAACAGGACGUGAACGCCGAUACGCCGAUGGGUCUGCUGCGUGGCAUCAAGUACGGCACGGAGAGCUACCACGUUCUCUUCAAACGACUCUGCAGCUAUGCCGGCAUGCACUGCGUCGUCAUCAGAGGUUACUCGAAGAGCGCCGGAUAUCUUCCCGGCAUGAAGUUCGAGGACAAGCGCUUCCGCAACACAUGGAACGCCGUCUUUCUCGACGGCAGCUGGCGCUUCGUGCAGUGCAACUGGGGCGCGCGCCACCUGGUGAACGCCAAGGACGCGCCGAAGCCGGGCGAGAAGGGCGGCGUCGACAACCUGCGCUACGAGUACGACGACCACUACUUCCUCACCGACCCGGAGCAGUUCAUCUACGAGUUCUUCCCGAAGCAAAAGGAGUGGCAGUUGCUGCGCGCGCCCGUCUCGCUCGACCAGUUCGAGAAGCUGCCGUUCGUGCGCUCGCUCUUCUUCAAGUACGGCCUCAAGUUCUCCGAGGAGGCGCAGACGGCCGUCAUGACGGCCGACAAGACGGGCGCCGUGACGCUGAACGUGCUCAUGCCACCCUACCUCGUAUCGCACCUCGUCUUCCACUACAACCUGCGCAUGCUCGACAGCGAGCGCGACGAGCACGACGGCGUCAACAUGCGUCGCUACGUGAUGCAGACGCUCGUCGGCAACAGCGUCGUCUUCAAGGUGCACGCGCCCACCGUCGGCGCCUACAUACUUGACGUCUUCGCGAACCUCGUCAGCGCCGGAGAGUACAUGACGGGCCAGCCGAUGCGCUUCAAGUCCGUCUGCAAGAUGAAGGUGAUCUGCGAGCGACUGGAGCGCUGCAUGGUGCCGCUGCCGAACUGCGCGAGCGGCGAGUGGGGCCCGCUGAAGGCGUACAAACUCUUCGGGCUCAUACCGAUGACACACGAGGACGCCGUCAUCAACACGACGCGCGACGUCGAGAUCCGCUUCCGCAUGUCGCACCCGCUCAGCGACUUCAUGACGACGCUGCACCAGAACGGCGCCAACGACAAGGCGCUGUCGAAGAACGUGCAGCGCCACCUCGCCGACGACGUCAUCACGUUCCGCGCCGCGUUUCCCAACGACGGCCAGUACGGUCUCGACAUCUACACGCGCGAGACGAUGUCGGCCGACCAGCAGACGGAGGGCGAGAAGCAUCUGCUGACGCACUGCUGUAAAUAUCUGAUCAACGUCAAGAAGCGAUAACCGCGCCAUCUGCCGGCGACGCUCGCUAUUAAGUGUGCGUGUGCCCGUACGUGCGCGCGUGCACGUGUGUGUGUGCGUGAGUGUGUGCGCGUGGGUGGGCAUACAUGCGCGCUUGCUUGCGCGCGCGUGUAUGUGCUUGCUGGGUCUUAUCAUUUGCGCUCGAAGGCGGUGAAAAAUGUUUGGACGACAGGCAGAAUUGGAAGUCUAUAACUCGUACACACGCACGCACACGCAGGUACGCACACCCACGUGCACAAACGCUCACACCUCCGUGUGCACAUAGCACGCUCGCACGCACGCUCGAAAGCACACGACCACACCACACAAUAGUUCAUAGUGAUUCGAUAGUGAUGUUGCGCCGUAUUCAUACGUAUUGGUAAUCGGUGAUACAUAAUAGUAAAACCAUGCAAAUUGAACGAUUCAAUAAUGAUGAAUGGAUUGCUAUUAAAACUCGUACAUAUGUAGUUAUACCCGUGUCUGGAAUCUGCAUUAACAUCGCAUGUCGCUUAGGCAUGAAUAUGUUAUUACUUGGUCAAUGAUGGAAUCGGUGAAUGACGUAUUUAUUUACUAAUAGUGCUACUAUGUCCACAGUAUAUAUAUAUAUAUAUAGAAAACAACUAUAUAUAUAUAUAUAUAUAUAUAUAUAUAUAUAUAUAUAUACAUAUAUCACCAAUUACAUAUGUAUCAUUACGAUUAACUGUUAUAUUACUCAUUCUUCCUAUGUAAAUUAUUACUUAGGAAGAUAUAACUUUGAACGAGUAACGUUAUUUUAUGAAUGAUCGAUCGGGAACUGUAGAUAGAUAUAUAGCCUUGUUUGUUUACGUAUUGGUGAAGGAGUAUCAAAUACACAUCGCAUUUUUCAACGUUUUGCCUGUUUGGCUAGUUGAAAUGACAGCCGAGUAUAGUGAAAUUUUAGUGAUGUUUUAUCUUGUGAUUUUUGGAUACGCUGAAAUAUUUUAAGCCCGUGUGUGAAUUUGCAAUUAACUAGAAAAAAUCAUGACGUGAAUUUGUAUAUAUUUUUAGGUGGCGUCGUUAGUAGAGUGUUCAUUAUCGUUACACUAUCUUUACAAAUUUUCAACCACGCAGGGGAUAUGUAUGAGCAUCCUGAAUUGUAACAAACCUAUUUGCAUAUAUCAUUGGUAGUAGAGAUCGCGAUGCGACAUUGGAAUCCAAUCUAUAUCAUAUAUUCGAUUUCUUAUACUGCAUGUAAACGUGGCCUGGGCAUCUGAUUUGGGAUUGGUUAUUUACAUAAAAAACAUUGUACUUAAUAAAGGUGCGUGUAUUAUUUUAGGUCGCCGCGAUGCUGCGUAAUUGUUUAUUGAGGUGCAUGCAUCAUGGAAAAUGUUAAUACACACGGCUAGAGACAUUUAUGACAA